AUGGACGAGUUUGGUGUGUUGACUGAGCGAUUUGGGUUGAAGCCCCAGGGAAAAUCUGCUCCAAUGGCCGCAUCAAAACGACCCAAUAGUGCAACCGCUGCCCCAACACGGAAUUUGGCUUCCGGAUCGCCUGUUAAUUCUCACUCGCCCCCUUAUCCCUCCACUGCUGCGUACGGCACCAAUUCAUUUAAUGGGAUUUCUGUCGGUGGUAACGGGGACCUGUUCGGCAAUCAAAAAGCUCAGAGCUUUGGAGGUUCGACCGAUGGGUUCGAGGUUUUUGGUGGAUUUGACAAGGGAUCGAAGCAGAGUAACGGGAGUUCUUCUUUUGAUUACGAUUCGAUAUUUUCUGGGCACAAUCAUUCUAAUGCAAGAUCGUCACUUGAAAAUGAUGAUAUAUUUGGUGGUGGGUUGAAGAGCUCCAAUGCUUCCAGUAAUGAUGACUUGUUUGGGUCGUUUGCUUCCAAUCAGAAGCAGAGUGUCCCUAUCGAUGAGUUGUUUGGGAAUUUCGGUUCAAAGCCUAGUCCUUCUCUGAAUAGGGAAGGAUCAUCCGGGUUUUAUGACUUGCUACCUGGGUUUAAUUUGAGCAAGACAUCAGAUAAAAGAGAAAAUACCAGAACUACUAAAUCAAGCUUCAACUCAGCAGAUGAUCCCUUUGUAGUCUUGGAAUCAUCUUCUUCAACCACCACAAAUUCCUCAUUUCUGGAUCCACUUGAGGAGUUUAGUAAGUUUGCCAGUUCUGGAGUUAGCAAUACAAAACCUGCUGGCUUUUCAAAUGUUUCCACAUCAUUGCGCCCCCCGCCAAAAUCUGGCCAAGUUCUGAAGUCAGUGAAAGUAAAAAAUUCACAUACAUCUUCAAUUGACGAGUUGGAAGACUUUGCCACCAGUAGAGUGCGAGCUACACCUAACAAGCAAUCAAAUGUCAAUCACUCCAGGGAAGGCAGAGCAAGAGAAAAUGCUAAAACAAGCAAAUUUAAAGAAGCAGAAAAGGAAAUGCCCCUGAAGAGUGUGGAUGAUCUAGAAUCCUUUUUUGGAACGAGUUCUAGAUCCAGCAGUGCACCAAAAUCAAGGACUGCUAAUUUGGAUCCUCUAUUUGAUGCGACCCUUAAUACCAGAGGUAAACCUCAAGUCUCCAAUGGAAGGGCUUCUGGUGUUUCUUCAUCUGGGUUGAAGAAGGCUUCUUCUGAAACUAAUAUGUUCGACGACUUCUCUGCGCUUUUUGGAGACGCCUCUUUCUCUGGAGAAUUUGAAGAAGUUGAAGGAGAAACUGAGGAGAGACGAAAAGCAAGGUUUGAACGUCACCAGAGGACACAUGACCGAGUGGCAAAGGCAGUUGCUGAUAUGAACCAGCGUGACUACCAAACUCAACGUGAACAAGAAGAGAGGCGGAUGAUUGCUGAGAAAAUGGAUCUUGAUAUAAAGAGGUGGGCUGCUGGGAAGGAAGGCAAUAUGCGGGCCCUGUUGUCAUCUUUGCAAUAUGUGCUCUGGAAUGAAUGUGGUUGGGAACCCGUCUCUCUGACUGAUCUGAUUACAUCGUCCUCAGUCAAAAAAGUGUAUAGGAAAGCGACUUUGUGUGUGCAUCCUGACAAGGUUCAACAGAAAGGUGCAACUCUUGAACAGAAAUACAUUGCCGAGAAGGUCUUUGAUAUCCUCAAGGAAGCAUGGAACAAGUUCAACAAGGAGGAGCUAUCUUAA